AUGACUCCGGAUGAGAGCGCCCGGCCGAUGCCCCCAGACAGGGUGCGUAUCCGAGUAGAGGAGCAGCUCUUCUCGGUGGACAAGUCCCUGCUGGUGGAAAGCAGUGAGUAUUUCCGCGCCCUCUUCCGGUCUGGCAUGAAGGAGAGCACGCAAGACGAGCUGCAGCUCCACGACCUGAGCGCGGUGGGCUUCCUCGUCAUGCUGCGCGUGCUGGCCGGCGAGAGGCCUGUGCUCAGCAGCGAGGAGAACUUCAAGGCUGUCGAAUGUGCCGCCUUCCUGCAGGUGAAGCCCUUAGCCAGGUACCUGCUCCAUUCCAUCAACUCCGACAACUGCAUCCUGCUGUACCAAGCUGCGGCCAUAUUUGGCCUGCUAGACCUUUUCCACAGCGCCGCCCUGUACAUCAGGGACAGCUACGCCGAGUUAGAGGAGUACCUGGAUUGCCUCUCUGCCGAGCUGCUGGACUACGUGGAGUCCCUGCUGCCCAGCACCUUCAUCGCCGUGGGAGCCCACACUCCCACUUUCGAGUUCCUCGAGGACCUCUCCAGAACCAUCUGCUACCUGGAUGAGGACAACAACACGUGGAGGACCUUGUCUUGCCUACCGCUGACGGCCAGCACGUUCCUAGCCGGCAUGGCGACAAUGAAUAAUAAGAUCUACAUCGUGGGUGGCGUCUACGGUGCCAGCAAGCAGGUGGUGGAGAGCAGCUUCUGCUAUGAUGCAGACACGAACACUUGGAGUGAGUUCCCCAGCCCUCACCAGCUCCGCUACGAUGUCACGCUGGUGGGCCACGAGGGUUAUCUUUAUGCCAUAGGGGGAGAGUACGAGAAGAUCUCGCUGAAGUCUGUGGAGAGGUACGACCUGUCCUCCAACACCUGGACGUUCAUCUCCGACCUGCCGCAGCCCAGCGCGGCUACCCCUUGCGCCCAAGCCUUGGGGCAGAUCUUCGUCUGCCUGUGGAAGCCACUGGACACGACCGUCAUCUACGAGUAUGAGACCCAGAGAGACGAGUGGCUUCCCGUCACAGAGCUCAAGAGGCCCCAGAGCUAUGGGCACUGCAUGGUGGCCCACCGCAACAACCUCUACAUCAUGCGGAACGGGCCCUUGGACGAUUUCCUGCGGUGCGUCAUAGACUGCUUCAACCUGACCUCCCACCAGUGGACCGCCCUGCCCGGGCAGUUCAUGAACAGCAAAGGAGCCCUCUUCACCGCUGUGAUCAAGGGCGACACGGUCUACACCGUCAAUAGGAUGCUCACCCUCCUCUACUCUGUGGAGGAGGACACGUGGAGGUCCAAGAAGGAGAAGGCUGGUUUCCCCAGGAGCGGCUCCCUUCAGACCUUCCUCCUGCGGCUGCCCCGGCGCGACCACGACAUCGCGACGUAAGCUGCCCCCGCCUCCGCAGGGAUGUCCCGGCGUGCCGGAGCCGGGG